AUGAUUUUACGAAGGAGAAAUGUUAAUUUAAAAACUGUCAAAGAGCUAGAUGCCUUUCCUAAAGUACCGGACUCCUAUAAAAAUAAAUCUGCUGUUGGUGGAACCUUUUCAUUUGUAACUUUUGUUGUUAUAAGCUGGCUGGUGAUAUCUGAGACCCGUUAUUUCUUGAACGCUCGGCUUCAUUUUAAAUUUGAACCUGACAUAGACGUCGACGAUAAGCUGAAGAUAAAUAUUGACAUGACAGUAGCGAUGCCGUGCAGCUUAAUUGGAGCAGAUAUAUUAGAUUCGACGAAUCAAAAUUUACUGGGAUUUGAACCGCUUAAUGAAGAAGAAACCUGGUGGGAGUUAUCGCCGGAUCAAAGGUCCCAUUUUGAUGCCUUGAAACAUAUGAAUUCGUACCUGAGAGAAGAGUAUCAUGCAAUUCAUGAAUUACUCUGGAGGUCUAAUCAAGUUGCGUUUAUGGGUGAGAUGCCUAAAAGAACAGUUAUACCAGAUCACCGUCCUGACGCUUGCCGACUCUACGGCAAUAUAAAUCUAAAUAAAGUUGCUGGUAAUUUCCAUAUAACUGCUGGGAAAUCAUUAUCUCUUCCACGGGGUCAUAUACAUAUUUUUGCAUUUAUGACCAGUCGUGAUUAUAAUUUCACUCAUCGUAUAAAUAAAUUUUCAUUUGGCGAAGAAAGUCCUGGAAUUGUUCAGCCACUGGAUGGUGAUGAGAAAAUAGCUUCUGACAAUAUGAUGCUGUAUCAAUACUUUAUUGAAGUUGUGCCAACAGACAUUUAUACACUAAUGAAGACAACAAAAACUUAUCAGUACAGUGUUAAAGAUUAUUCAAGACCAAUAAAUCAUGCCCAAGGAUCGCACGGGGUGCCAGGAAUAUUUUUUAAGUACGACACAAGUGCUCUUAGAGUUAAAGUAACACAGAACCGUGAUUCAUUGAUACAAUUUUUAGUUAAACUAUGUGCAACUGUCGGUGGAAUUUAUGUUACGAGUGGUUUAAUUAAUAGUGCUAUACAAGCGUGUUGGUAUAUUGUGUCGUGUAAAUUCUUUCGUAAGGAAGUUGAAGAAGAUCGUAGAACCUCUAACGGUAAAGCAAUGACAAAUAAAAAAUUAACUACAUUAGAUUUAAUAAAUGUCGCAACGCCUGAUAUUAUCGACGUCACUCUGAACCCACAAUAA